UUUUUCGCCAAAAACAAAAAAGUGAGAGGACUGCUUUUCCAAAACACUUUUUGUUGGUUGUUUGCCUGGUUGGAACCGAACAACUUGUUGAGCAACAAACAACAACCAUGGUGCUCUUUAAUGUCCUCACGUCUCUUCUCUGCUUUUGCAGUACCUUCAAAAUCAAAAUGUACUUUGGGGACAACUACAGUUGGCAGGGGCGAGACUACGAGUUUAAAGAGUUUUGCUGGACGCGAAACUAUUUAGGUCUCAAGAGCUUUGGCGUUUGCUGGUACGGAAACAGAAUGUUUGGUCCCUGUCUGCCCGACGCCGUUUACAUUACGCGCUGCAAGGUGGAUGAUCCACGACAAAUGUGGACCUUUGAAGACGUGAAUGGGGGCGAAUUCUUGGUCAAAUCGCCCGGAACGGGCACGUGUCUGGAACGCAUCAACAACAAUGCCGUGCGAAUGCGGAUAUGCGACCGGUCCAAUCCAACGCAGCGAUUCUACACAUCUCAUGGAUCCAGAUCGAGCGAGAAAUUCUCCAUUUCACAGAGUGGCAAGUGUCUGGGACAAAAGCACCAUCCCAAAAAGGGCGAAGUCAUUGAAAUGGAGUCCUGUAACACGUUGCUCAAAGAUGAUACCCUCUUUGUUGAACGGAGUUGGCUAUAAUAGCUAGCAAGCACAUGGCAAGCAACAAUUAGGAACAGGAAGGAGUAGGUUUGUCAUUUUAGACUUGAUGGGAGCAAGUGUUGGAACUCUUCCAAUCCAACAUGAUUGUAUGAUGUGUCGCUGCUGCGACAUAGAAGGACGAGAGGCCAGGAGUUUUUGCACCACGAGCGGGAAAGGAGGACCCGUGGCUCGAAGCAGAGAAACCCUCUCUAGUUAUGGAAUAAGUGGCUAUUAUAAAAUAAAAUUUGAAAACGUUUG